CACCAAAUGUGGACGUGAGGUGCUAAUACUCUAGUCUGUAACAUUGGUGAUGGAGAAAUGGACGUGCAGGCACAUGUGCAGCAGCUUUGUAAAUAUGAGGCCAAAGUAGAGUAAGUUUGAGUGUUCUUGUGGUUGGUUGUGUGAUCCACAGGUGAUGACAUCCUACCUCAUACCCAAAUAUACUCUCUAGGGUACACAUUAAAAUUCAGUAAAUUGCAACUCUUUUCACGUUUUUAAAGUUAACGUUGUCCACUAUGUAGAGUUUCGUAAUAAUUUUUAAAAUAGUAAUCUCUCAUAAGCCAGAUUUUGCUCAUUUUUUUAGGUGUCACUGAUCAACAGUUUGGUUUUACUAUUUGUAAUCUUGGUUGCUAGUAUAAUUUUUCUUUCUCUUUUAACCUUAGUGACUUCUGUUUUUCAAGCACAGUUUUCAAAAGGAAACAAAAUCCUUAAAUAUUUGUAUGUUCUUUGUUUAUCAUUUCCUUUGUGUUUUAUGAAGCUGUGUACAAGAAUGCUGUCUUGGUAAUUUCGUUUUAUUGCAAUCAUCACCUGGGCUUGACUGGCUUAAAUUUCUUUUGUUAAUUUAACAUCAGAAAACUUGUACUAUGGUUAAUAUUUUAAUUAUUUUUUGAGAGAUUUUUCUCAACAUCUAGAUUAAAGUUGCGUUUUUCUACUACCCUAACUACCAUUUUUAAAAGAAAAUUAUCAAUAAGUGUUGUCGCUGGGACACCAGAGCACAUGUGGAUUGCUGCUGCUGAUGAUCUGAAUUAUAACAUUUGUAUAUCAAUUUAUAUUUUGCAGAGUACUUUCAAAGAGGUUAUCUCCUUUAGUUUUCAAGACAAGCAGGUGAAGAACUGUUCCAUGUUGCAGAAGAGAAAGCUGAGGCUACGAGAGAUAAAGUAGCUCAGCUAGUCACACCAGGGCUGGGCAGGUCAACCCUGUGAACCUCUAGUACCAUGUCUUGUGAUUCUUUCCAUUAAUGAGACUUUAUGAGAUAAACUACCACUAUAUUCUCUAAUGAGCUGUCUGACUUCCUGGCCCCAUUCUCCUUUCUAGAAGAGAAGAAAAGGGUAAGACAGAGAUUUUAUAGCAUCAGGAGGCCUUAUCUGCGCAAGCAAGAAGAAUGGACUUGAGAAACUAGGAAAAUUUUGGCCAAGGACAGCCUCAUUGCUGCUCCUCCUGUAGUAUUGGCCGCUCACAGGAGGCCUGGAUGCCUGGGAAAAUAUGUGGGGAUGGACUGAGGACAGGAGUUUGUUCCCAAGUCCACCUUCUGUGUUUCAAAUGUAUUUUAACACCUAGCACAUAUCAACAGCCCAUCUUACUCAUUCAGGCAUCUCAAAGGCCCCUUUCAAAUAAUUUAGGAGGGUAGAGGCACACACAUAUGUGCUGUCAACUUAUUAUGAGAUGCUUCCAUUAACUCCCUUGUCUUGAUACUACUAUGCUAGUAUUUUAUAUGUGCACACACGUAGACACACACAUACAGUAGACACAUACACAGACAUACGUCUAGAUGCAUGUUGACUAUCAUCAGUAUCUUCAGUUCUCUCAGAAACUAGUCAAGUGUUCUUAUUUCCAUUUUAUAGAUGAGAAAUUGAAGUUCAAGGUAGUGUGUGAUUGUUAAUGAUAACAUAGUGAGUAACUCAUCAAAUAGGAUGCAAAUCUGGCUUCAUCUGGCCCUGUAACCCAACUUCUUUCCACAUAGAUUAUAUCUUGUGUCCAUUUCUAACCUCCAGCUUUCUAUAUUAACUACUUUUUAAAAAUUUAGAUGGAAAUUAAAUCAUAGCACAGUCUAUUUCCUACAUUAUAUAUCUUUCCUAAUGCUGAGGUGUAGGGGAUGAUAAGCUCUUAUGUUUACAUGACCCUUGAUAAGGUGUAUUGUCUUUUCCAGAUCCUCCUGGUUAUUUUAGGGGACAGGUGGUGGUUGUCUCACUAUGUUUCAAGUAAAGUCUGAGAGAGGUUAACACAGUAGGAAGUGGUGAUUGGUCUCUUGGCCUCAGAUACAUCUCCCUUCACCUGUGCACAUUACCUUCUGUCUUCAAGGGCCGAAAAGAAGAUGUGGGAGAAAAGCACACAGUGGAAGGUGGGUGGUGGCCAAGGAGAAGAAUGAAGGAUGCCUUCAGGGGAUUGAUUUCCCUUAGUCAAUGGAGACACUGCCAGCACAGCCCUUUGAAGAGGAAACUAGACCCAUCUUGAUGUCCAUACAGAAGCUGUUCAGGCAGCGCUUGCUAAACACAAAGAAAGGAAGAUGGCAGUGCCUAUGCCUUCCAAACGCAGGUCCUUGGUUGUGCAGACCUCGAUGGAUGCCUACACACCUCCAGAUACCUCCUCUGGCUCGGAAGACGAAGGCUCAGUGCAGGGGGACUCCCAGGGGACCCCCACCUCCAGCCAGGGCAGCAUUAACAUGGAGCACUGGAUCAGCCAGGCCAUCCAUGGCUCUACCACCUCCACCACCUCUUCCUCUUCCACCCAAAGUGGGGGAAGCGGUGCCGCCCACAGACUAGCCGACGUCAUGGCCCAGACGCACAUAGAAAAUCACUCUGCACCUCCUGAUGUAACCACUUACACCUCAGAACACUCAAUACAAGUAGAAAGGCCGCAAGGCUCAACGACGUCACGGACAGCACCCAAGUAUGGCAAUGCUGAGCUCAUGGAGACUGGUGAUGGAGUGCCAGUAAGUAGCCGGGUAUCAGCAAAAAUUCAGCAGCUCGUCAACACCCUCAAACGACCUAAACGACCGCCAUUAAGGGAGUUCUUUGUUGAUGACUUUGAAGAAUUGUUAGAAGUUCAACAACCAGAUCCAAACCAGCCAAAGCCAGAGGGAGCCCAGAUGUUGGCAAUGCGAGGGGAGCAGCUGGGUGUGGUUACGAACUGGCCGCCGUCUCUAGAAGCCGCGUUACAGAGAUGGGGGACCAUCUCCCCAAAGGCCCCAUGCUUGACCACAAUGGACACGAACGGGAAGCCCCUGUACAUCCUCACUUAUGGCAAACUGUGGACAAGAAGUAUGAAGGUUGCUUACAACAUUCUGCAUAAAUUAGGUACAAAGCAAGAGCCUAUGGUGCGACCUGGAGAUAGGGUGGCGCUGGUGUUCCCCAACAAUGACCCUGCUGCCUCCAUGGUGGCCUUCUACGGCUGCCUGCUUGCCGAAGUCGUUCCUGUGCCCAUCGAAGUGCCACUCACGAGAAAGGAUGCAGGAAGCCAGCAGAUCGGGUUCUUGCUUGGAAGCUGUGGAGUGACAGUAGCCUUGACGAGCGAUGCUUGCCACAAAGGCUUGCCAAAAAGCCCAACAGGGGAGAUCCCACAGUUCAAAGGUUGGCCAAAGCUAUUAUGGUUUGUCACAGAGUCAAAACAUCUCUCUAAACCUCCUCGAGAUUGGUUCCCACAUAUUAAAGAUGCAAAUAAUGACACCGCCUAUAUUGAGUAUAAGACGUGCAAGGAUGGAAGUGUGCUUGGGGUGACCGUGACAAGAAUUGCACUGCUGACACACUGCCAGGCCCUCACACAGGCGUGUGGCUACACAGAAGCUGAAACAAUUGUGAAUGUGUUGGAUUUCAAGAAAGACGUUGGGCUCUGGCACGGAAUCCUAACAAGUGUCAUGAACAUGAUGCACGUGAUCAGCAUCCCAUACUCGCUGAUGAAGGUGAACCCGCUCUCCUGGAUUCAGAAGGUCUGCCAGUACAAAGCAAAAGUGGCUUGUGUGAAGUCCAGGGACAUGCACUGGGCGUUAGUGGCACACAGGGAUCAAAGAGACAUCAACCUCUCUUCCCUCCGGAUGCUGAUAGUGGCUGAUGGCGCAAACCCCUGGUCUAUUUCUUCCUGCGAUGCAUUUCUGAAUGUCUUCCAAAGUAAAGGCUUGCGCCAGGAGGUCAUCUGUCCCUGUGCCAGCUCACCAGAGGCACUCACAGUGGCCAUCCGGAGGCCCACAGACGACAGCAACCAGCCCCCGGGCCGGGGCGUCCUUUCCAUGCACGGGCUGACCUACGGCGUCAUCCGGGUGGACUCGGAAGAAAAGCUGUCUGUGCUCACUGUGCAGGACGUUGGCCUCGUGAUGCCUGGAGCUAUCAUGUGUUCAGUGAAGCCGGAUGGGAUUCCUCAGCUGUGUAGAACAGAUGAAAUUGGGGAGCUCUGUGUGUGUGCGAUUGCCACAGGCACAUCCUAUUACGGCCUCUCAGGCAUGACCAAGAACACCUUCGAGGUGUUCCCUGUGAUGAGCUCAGGGGCCCCAGUCAGCGAGUACCCCUUCGUGAGGACCGGCCUGCUGGGCUUCGUCGGCCCUGGGGGGCUGGUGUUUGUGGUGGGCAAGAUGGAUGGGCUCAUGGUGGUCAGCGGCCGCAGACACAACGCUGAUGACAUUGUGGCCACAGCGCUGGCCGUGGAGCCCAUGAAGUUUGUCUACCGGGGAAGGAUAGCCGUGUUCUCAGUGACUGUCCUCCAUGACGAGAGGAUAGUUAUUGUGGCCGAGCAGAGGCCGGACUCCACGGAGGAGGACAGCUUCCAGUGGAUGAGCAGGGUGCUCCAGGCAAUCGACAGCAUACAUCAAGUUGGCGUUUAUUGUCUGGCCUUGGUUCCGGCAAACACCCUCCCCAAAACCCCACUCGGUGGGAUCCAUUUGUCAGAAACAAAGCAGCUUUUCCUGGAGGGCUCCCUUCAUCCCUGCAACGUCCUCAUGUGCCCCCACACUUGUGUCACAAACUUGCCUAAACCUCGACAGAAGCAACCAGAAAUCGGCCCUGCCUCUGUGAUGGUGGGGAACCUGGUGUCUGGGAAGAGGAUUGCGCAGGCCAGCGGUAGAGACCUGGGGCAGAUUGAAGACAACGACCAGGCCCGGAAGUUCCUGUUUCUCUCGGAGGUCCUGCAGUGGAGGGCUCAGACCACCCCCGACCACGUCCUGUACACGCUGCUCAACUGUAGGGGCACAAUAGCAAACUCACUGACGUGUGUCCAGCUGCACAAGCGAGCCGAGAAGAUAGCUGUGAUGCUGAUGGAGAGAGGGCGCCUGCAAGACGGGGACCACGUGGCUCUUGUCUACCCACCAGGAAUAGACCUCAUUGCAGCAUUUUAUGGUUGCCUGUAUGCAGGCUGUGUGCCAAUCACCGUCCGUCCUCCACACCCACAGAACAUUGCAACAACGCUGCCAACUGUGAAGAUGAUCGUGGAGGUGAGUCGCUCUGCCUGUUUGAUGACAACACAACUGAUCUGUAAGUUGUUACGGUCCAGGGAGGCAGCUGCAGCUGUGGAUGUCAGGGCGUGGCCCCCCAUACUAGACACAGAUGAUUUGCCAAAGAAGCGGCCUGCCCAGAUCUACAAACCCUCCAACCCAGACACGCUAGCUUAUCUUGAUUUUAGUGUGUCCACGACUGGGAUGCUAGCUGGAGUAAAGAUGUCUCAUGCAGCCACCAGUGCCUUUUGCCGUUCUAUUAAGCUGCAGUGUGAGCUCUAUCCCUCAAGAGAAGUGGCCAUCUGCUUGGACCCUUACUGUGGACUUGGGUUUGUCCUAUGGUGCCUCUGCAGUGUGUACUCUGGGCACCAGUCCAUUCUCAUCCCACCUUCAGAGUUGGAAACCAAUCCUGCCUUGUGGCUUCUUGCCGUGAGUCAGUACAAAGUCCGGGAUACAUUUUGCUCCUAUUCGGUGAUGGAACUUUGUACCAAGGGGCUGGGCUCGCAGACAGAAUCCCUCAAGGCACGAGGACUGGACUUGUCUCGUGUGCGGACGUGUGUGGUUGUGGCAGAAGAACGGCCUCGAAUAGCACUCACCCAGUCCUUCUCAAAACUGUUUAAAGACCUGGGCCUCCAUCCUCGGGCCGUUAGCACCUCGUUUGGCUGUAGAGUGAACCUGGCCAUUUGCUUGCAGCCCCACAGGCUGUGGAAGCUGGCCGAGCAGGGGACCUCGGGACCUGACCCCACCACUGUCUACGUUGACAUGAGAGCUCUAAGACACGACAGAGUCCGUUUAGUAGAAAGAGGAUCUCCUCAUAGCCUGCCCCUGAUGGAGUCAGGAAAAAUACUUCCGGGGGUUCGGAUCAUAAUUGCCAACCCAGAAACAAAAGGACCAUUGGGAGACUCACACCUGGGUGAGAUCUGGGUUCACAGUGCCCACAACGCCAGUGGAUAUUUCACUAUUUACGGAGAUGAAUCCCUCCAGUCAGAUCACUUCAACUCGAGGUUAAGUUUUGGAGACACCCAGACAGUCUGGGCGCGCACGGGCUACCUGGGGUUCCUGCGGAGGACGGAGCUCACAGACGCCAACGGAGAGCGCCACGACGCCCUGUACGUGGUAGGCGCCCUGGACGAAGCCAUGGAGCUGCGGGGGAUGCGCUAUCACCCCAUCGACAUUGAAACCUCAGUGAUCAGAGCCCACAAAAGCGUUACAGAAUGUGCUGUAUUCACCUGGACAAAUUUGUUGGUGGUUGUGGUGGAGCUUGAUGGGUCAGAGCAAGAAGCCCUGGACCUGGUCCCCCUGGUGACCAAUGUGGUCCUGGAGGAGCACUACCUGGUGGUGGGAGUGGUGGUGGUGGUGGACAUCGGUGUCAUCCCCAUCAACUCCCGGGGCGAGAAGCAGCGCAUGCACCUGCGAGACGGGUUUCUGGCAGACCAGCUGGACCCCAUCUACGUUGCCUACAACAUGUAGUCUUGUCUCCACUCCGUUGGACUUUGUAGAGAUGGAACAUUUUUCUCAGCGUCACUGAAGUGUGCAGAAGCGAGGGUGACAUUCGCCAGAAUGGAGCCUUUUAUUGCACGCUGCCGAGGAGGAGGCUUCUCCACAGCACCCGACUGGCGUGGGGACGAAAUGUGAACUUACCACUGAAGUUUGCUCAGAAGGAUUUUGGAUUAUUGCCUGCAGUUUGUUGGAAAAGCCCAUUUCAAAAACUUUCUUUUCUUUUUUUUUUAAUUAUUGGAUAAUAAGUGCUUUCUUCGUAAAUGUGGUAUUUUGUUAAGCCAAAAUAGCAAUUAAAAAAAUAUUCUGCCCUCCAGAUGGGUUCUUUUAAACAAUUUAUGUAGUGUGACGAAGAAUUGUUUUCUCUGUUUUAAUGUGUCAUGAAAUCUUAAUGACAUGGACCUGUUACUAAUUUAAGCCAUUGCUAGAACUCAUCCUUUUAGGAAAGUUUGUUGAGGUACGAGAAAACCUUCCAAAUAGCACCUUCCAAUUAGAUUUUAGCAGCUUUCUUUGUCAGAAAUGUGCUGAAGAAUCAAAGGCUGAUAUGUGGCCUUUGAAGUUAGCAUAGAAUGAGGAGAAAUUAUAAAUAAGGUGUAUUUCGGCAAUUAUCUUGCAGAUAUCUUUGUACUAAACUAAAAGAUAAAAUAAGUUAACUACUUCAUAUGUAAUUAUGUACAAAACGUUUAAUUUAUUUUGAUCUCUUUAGAAGUAUAAAAGAGAAAAACAUUCAAGAAUAUUAAAGUCUUGUAAUGUUUGCUAAUAUAAAAAAGUGUUGUAUUAUCUUGCGUGGAUAGUAUCACAACAAAUAUAUAUAUAUGAAAUAUAAAUUCACUAAUGAACCAAGGAGAUUUUAAAGUUUAAAAUGCAGAGCCUGUCACUUGCAUGGUGUCCCCUCCACGGAACUGUAGAUAGAGAGACUCUCACCCGCUUUGCUGCUGCGAGCAAUCGCAGAGUGCCUGUAGCCCAGGCUGAACGUUUCUUCUAGAACCAGAGAGCAGCAAGUGAAAUUAUUGCCAUCUAAAGAUGGUGGAGUCUGAGGCUACUGUGCGCUGUUUUUCCUUUGCUGUGGGGGCCACACGAGCAGUUUGUGCCAGCACGUGCUUACGACACCAAGCAGGCGUGAGGGAAGGCAGGUGGCAAGGAGCACUGUUCUCUUAGCUGCAAGAAUUCGUUGCACAAUGUUUUUCAUCCUUUUUGUUAGUGUCACCUUUUUUCGGUCCUUGGUAUGAAAAGGAAUGAUAUGUGGUCAUUUGCACCAGGGUGUGUUGAUUCCCCUCAGAUGGCCACUGUGUGGAGUGGACAAAGUGUCCGGAACCGCUUUACGGGAAAGGACUCACAUAGGAGAUCGUCACCUCAGCCAGCUCUCUGGGGCUCCCUGGCCCGGGGUGCACAGAACCCACUGGGAGCCUGCGUGAGCUGCCCCGGGACUCUGAACAGAGCCAUGGCUGCAGCAAGGAAGCCUCAUGGCUGCCUUCAUUCGCCACCUGGGGCUGACACGUUUCUGAUUUUAGUCUCGCUGCUGCCUCACACACCUUCGAAUUUCCAGAGCGCAUCUGUACACUCCUUGAUGGAAUCGGCCCAUCUGUGCCAACCAAGAAGAGAUAUCAGCUCUCCAAGCGUGAUUUACUUUGUAAUUGCCCCAAUAUGACCCUGCAGUGGCUCUCGUUGCUAGGUAUGCAUGACUAAGAUUGUUGCUGGGCAAAAUUUAGAUUCACUUUUCAUUAUAUCGUGGGCGAUGUCCUUACCUGCCUUUGCUAUAUGUGCCAGCAGUAAGCCCUUUGCUAAAAGAGAGUUUUGUUUGACUUCUGAGAUCCAAGGCUAAUUGUUUUUUAAAAAUUUUAAGUGGCAUAUUUUUUUAAUUGCAUGUGGGGUGCAUCCUUCCAUCUCCACAAAUCAUUUGAUUUUUAAAAUAUCGUUUGACUUCAUUGCUGUGUAUGAAUAUUUCUCGACAUGCUUCAGAUACACAUUCCUACAGUCUUCUGCUUCCUAAGGGGAAAACCCACCACACACAGGAAAAAGACGUGUUCUUAUACACACCCACCUUGUUUAAGGAAAGAAGAAUUAAGGUUUCAGAUAAAGUACCGAUUGGGAAACACAAUUGCAGAAUAACUUGUCAGGUCCAGCUGAGGUUGGAAGCAAACAAAUCAGGUGUCACUUCACACACAACCUUCCCCUUCACCACAUCAGCUUCACGUGCCAGGCGUGCGGUUGUGGACGCGGUUAAUGACAGCCUGUCGUCUCUGGUGUUAGAGUGGAGGUCCAAAGGUUGGGGGCUGGGAUUGAAAUUCUGUUGUGCAAGAAAAAGGAAAGGAGACACUUAAGAACCUCCCAUGUCAGCAAUAAAGAAGGAUCAUUCUGUAUUAGAAAUCGUGCUGUAGAUAAGUCGUUCCUGAGAAUGUAACAGGUGUUUGUCUUGUGACCUUGUGCUUCUGAAGUCAGACAAAACCGUGUCAUCAACUUGCACAAAAGAGGGUACACAGUGCACAUCGAAACACAGCCCUGACCCGACAGGGCGGCCUCCUCAUGGUGCUUGUCUAUUAUCUAUAUUUAAUCCUGCUUGACACUUUACCCAAGGGAAACGGGCCCUUUUAUCAGUUGAAUGUUAGCAGCGUUAUUUCAUAGAGUGUGGUGGCUGGUUAGAGGAAUGUGCUCAACCAGUCACUGUUUCAAAGGAAAUUUUUAUGUGCAAAGGAUGGCAACCUUCUCGUAUGUAAACCACCAGUAAGCUUUGUACAUCUGUGAUAACGCCUGUUUUAUAUUCAAAUGAACAAAUAAAAGCUUUUAUUUUUGUUGCUCUGAAA